UGUAACCAUCAGCGAGUAAUCAUUCGCCCGGGGAAGGAGAAGAGUGUCCUGUACUAGGACUGGGAGAUCGAUAAUAGCGCGAUGGGGAAGAACGGCAACCUGUGCUGCUUCUCCCUGCUGCUACUGCUUUUUGCCGGGUUGGCAUCCGGUGAUCACCAGGUUCUGUUUCAGGGGUUCAACUGGGAGUCGUGGAAGCAGAGCGGCGGGUGGUACAACAUGAUGAUGGGGAAGGUCGAUGACAUCGCCGCCGCCGGAAUAACGCACGUCUGGCUGCCGCCGCCGUCGCACUCAGUCUCCAAUGAAGGUUACAUGCCUGGUCGUCUGUACGACAUCGACGCGUCCAAGUACGGCAACUCGGCGGAGCUCAAGUCCCUGAUUGCCGCGCUCCAUUGUAAGGGUGUGCACGCGAUCGCCGAUAUCGUCAUCAACCACCGAUCCGCCGACUAUACGGACAACCGCGGCACGUACUGCAUCUUCGAGGGCGGCACAUCCGACGGCCGCCUCGACUGGGGCCCGCACAUGAUCUGCCGCGACGACACCGUUUACUCCGACGGCACCGGAAACCUCGACACCGGCGCCGACUUCGCGGCCGCGCCCGACAUCGACCACCUCAACGACCGCGUGCAGCGCGAGCUCAAGGAGUGGCUCCUCUGGCUCAAGACCGACCUGGGCUUCGACGCGUGGCGGCUCGACUUCGCCGGGGGCUACUCCCCGUCGAUUGCCAAGGUGUACAUCGACGGCACGUCGCCGGACCUGGCCGUGGCCGAGGUGUGGGACACCAUGCCGACGUGCGGAGACGGGAAGCCGAACUACGACCAGGACGCGCACCGGCAGAACUUGGUGAACUGGGUGGACGGCGUGGGCGGGGCCGCGUCGGCGGGCAUGGUGUUCGAUUUUACGACCAAGGGGAUCCUGAACGCCGCCGUGGAGGGGGAGCUGUGGCGGCUGAUCGAUCCUCAGGGAAAGGCUCCAGGAGUGAUGGGGUGGUGGCCGGCCAAGGCCGUCACCUUCGUCGACAACCACGACACCGGCUCCACCCAGGCCAUGUGGCCCUUCCCCUCCGACAAGGUCAUGCAGGGCUACGCCUACAUCCUCACACACCCCGGCAAGCCAUGCAUCUUCUACGACCAUUUCUUCGACUGGGGGUUCAAGGAGGAGAUCGCGGCGCUGGUGGCGGUGAGGAAGCGCAACGGCAUCACGGCAACGAGCGAGCUCAAGAUCCUCAUGCACGACGGCGACGCCUAUGUCGCCGAGAUCGACGGCAAGGUGGUGAUGAAGAUCGGCUCCAGGUACGACGUUGGGUCCGUGAUCCCCGCCGGGUUCGUGAACUCCGCACACGGCAAUGACUACGCCGUCUGGGAGAAGGCCUGCGCCACGGCAACCCUGCAGCAGAGCUAAGCCUCGGCUGAUCCGCCUUCGGAUCGAGAAUGGUUUGAAGUACAGGAUUUAUUUUCUGCUAUACACACGCAUAUAGGAGUAGCUAUGAUUAAUGAUUUAACUAUGUAUACAGAUGAUUGAUCACAUACUUUUGAUAGUCUGGAGAGCCUGGUAUGCCCGCAAUGA